CUGUCUCUGAGGACGGCUGCUCCUGCUUCGGCUCGGUUCCGUGCGUUUUUAUCCGCCAGGACGUUGAUCUGUACCGAGUUUGAUUAUUUCUGCGGGAGGAAACCAAGAAGACAAAGAACUUUUCACUCGUCGCUACCAGGGUGCCCGAUUUAACGCGGACCACGCGACCAACGGAGGAGGCUCAGUGAAACUCGGGGGCUCCAUCUCCAAUUUUCAAAAUUUUCUCCAACUUCAGCCCCCAGACAAACAUUAGCAUGAUGUCAUAUCUAAAGCAACCACCUUACACAGUCAAUGGCCUCAGCUUAACCACUUCCGGAAUGGACCUUUUGCAUCCAUCAGUGGGUUAUCCAGCCACUCCACGGAAGCAGAGGCGAGAGAGGACUACUUUUACGCGCGCACAGCUCGACGUUUUGGAGGCGUUAUUCGCCAAAACCCGGUAUCCGGACAUUUUCAUGCGUGAAGAGGUGGCGCUGAAAAUUAAUUUACCCGAAUCCCGAGUGCAGGUUUGGUUCAAGAACCGGCGGGCAAAGUGUCGCCAGCAGCAGCAGCAGCAGCAGAACGGGGGCCAGAACAAGGUGCGGCCUGCCAAGAAGAAAAGUUCCCCAACCCGAGAAGUGAGCUCGGAGAGCGGGGCCAGCGGCCAGUUCACGCCCCCCACCAGCACCACCACGGUCCCCGCCAUCUCCACCAGCACCGCCGCCCCGGUGUCCAUCUGGAGCCCGGCGUCCAUCUCUCCGCUCUCCGACCCCCUGUCUACCUCCUCCUCCUGCAUGCAGAGGUCCUACCCGAUGACCUACACCCAGGCCUCGGGCUACAGCCAGGGCUACGCGGGCUCCACGUCCUACUUCGGCGGCAUGGACUGCGGCUCCUACCUCACUCCCAUGCACCAUCAGUUGUCGGGCCCCGGCUCGACACUGAGCCCAAUGAGCACAAACGCGGUCACGAGCCAUCUGAACCAGUCCCCGGCGUCGCUGUCCACCCAGGGCUACGGGUCGUCCGGCCUCAGCUUCAACUCCACAGCAGACUGCUUGGAUUAUAAGGACCAGGCGGCGUCGUGGAAGCUGAACUUCAAUGCCGAUUGCUUGGAUUAUAAGGAUCAAACGUCCUCGUGGAAAUUCCAGGUCCUGUGAACAGAAGCUGUCAAAUAAAAGUGCACAAACAGUGACGAGCGCAUUGGACACGCCGCUGCCAUCCCUCAGUAAAGACUGCGUAACACGAGCCGGGCCCGGCCGGGCGGGGCUCCCGGGGGCCCGCGUCUGUUGGACGGUGGUCCCGGUGGUCCCGGUGGUCCCGGUGGUCCCGGUGGUCCCGGUCCUCCUAGAGGCGACGUUUAAUUUAUUUUAGCACUGGCAAUGAUUUUUGUUGUGUUCGUCCACAGGUUGUAGCCCCUCAUCCAUGUCUGUCAGCGCGUGCCGCUAACGCGCAAAAGCACCUGUUGAGCACGAGACAGACGGGACUCUGAAAGAAAAGUACAACACAGCCACGGAAAUAGGUUUAUCAGAGAACAAAACUCACGCUCACGCUCCCGGCGAAGCGCUGGGGACGGAGAUUCUUCCACAACUUUGCCGAGCUGCAGGCAGAGGGACACGAGGACGGUGUGUGGACAUGGAUGCACUACUUUAUUUAAGAAAAAAGUGUUUAUAAGGAAUCAAUAUGUAGUUUCUAAGAGACAAUCAGUGUGUGUCUUAUAUAAAUGGUACAUAUGUGUUCUUUUUUAUCUGUGCUAGCCUUCGAAACUGUGAUCUGUUGUAUUGUAUGCAAUUUGUGAGCCCCCCCUCGCAUCAGACUCUCUGCUGUGAUUUUAAUAGAUUUCUAACCUUUUUUGAGCAGCGUUGCUACUGGUUAAGUCGCCGGCAUCACAAAGAGAGACGAGACUUUCCAAGCACACGGUGGUGUAGUGAAAAUCAAGGGUUAGCCAUACUGGGAAAAGACUCUCGGCUGCUGAGAGCUUCCACUCUUGCUCCCCUCCACUGAUCUCAACACACGGUGAUUGUGGAUCCUUUAGUGGCUCCAAAGAUGCUGUGACCUCACUGCUGAAAAGACAUGAAUAAAGGUCCUGUGAGCUUA